AUGGAGAGCCUUCUCACCAACACCAGCUCCAUCUCAACCUCCGAGACCCCGCCUUUCACCCUGCACGCGACCAACUGCACCACCUGGGACCAGCGGUGGGGGGCGCCUUACCUGCACAGGUUGGCCCAUCUGGAUGUGCAGCUGUACCAAGACUUCUAUGCUGUCUGGGUCUCUCUGAUGGUGUGUAACUGCCUCAUGCUAGUGGUGGGUGUCAUCCUCAACAGUUUGGCUCUCUACGUUUUCUGCGGGGCCUCCACACACUCUUCAGCCUCCGUGGUUUACACCAUAAACCUGGCUGUAGCUGACCUGCUGGUGGCGCUGUCACUCCCCGCCCGCAUCGCCCUCUACUACAGCGGGGGCAGCUGCGUGGCCUGCUCCUAUGUCCACACUUUCAGCUACUUCGCCAACAUGUACUGUAGCAUCCUGUUUCUGACCAGCAUAUGUAUAGAUCGAUACCUCGCUGUCGUGCACGCAUCCAGCACCCUCCAUCGAUGGAGGACCACGGGAGCAGCCAGGUGUGUCAGUGCCACAGUGUGGUUCAUUGCGGUCGUGGUCACGUACUCUUUUCAGACCACGGCGUUGGAGUUCAGCUCUUCCUGUGUCCUCAUCCCUGCCCUCUUCUACCUCACCAUCCUGGAGUUCCUCCUCCCUCUGCUCGCUGUGGCGGGCUUCACUCUGCGUGUCACCUGCUUCCUCUUCUCCAGCAACAGCCCGAUGCUCCAGCAGAGCAGAGCCAGGAGGACUCGUGCCAUCAGGCUUCUGGCCACCGUCCUGGUGGUCUUCACCGUUUGCUUCACGCCCUUCCACAUUCGCCAGGUGCUGGUUUACUUCCAGGUCAGUGUGGCCGGGGAGGGGCUCGAGAAGGGGGCGGGGCACGUGCUGGCCUAUCACAUCACGGUGACCUUGAGCAGCCUGAACAGCUGCCUGGAUCCCGUGGUCUACUGCUUUGUGACGGACAGCUUCAAGAGGAUGUGGAGGAUGAGGAGGGGGAAAGGCAGGGAGGGGGAUGGGGAAGGAGGGCAAACAAGUGGGGUAGAAGGCGAGAGGAGUUCAGCAAAUAAAUGUACCACGCUGGGGAUAGCUCACACCGUGGCCACAUUCGCCUUGACCAGCACACCGGUAGCCGAUACAAAUCAGUCGGCCUAG